GUGAUUCCUCAGACCUUCCUCUCUGUAGGACCGGGUGCAGACCGACUCGACCUUGCGAAGUGGCUACAGGUCCUCCUGCAGGAGCUCCAACCCUAAAUACAGUCUGCGCUCCUACCGCGCGUUUGAUCUGCGGGCAAACAAACUUUUUGGUGUUAUUUGUAAACACUUUGGACAACCAUUGAGAACAUAUUGAUCCACCAACGCGGUUCUCAAUAAAACUUCACGAGGAACCAUGCAAGUUUAUGUGGCUGUGAUAUUCGCGUACGGGGUGUCUGCAUUCAAUAUCAGCGAGGAAAAAGAGACGUGCCCCCUUGGAUAUUUCCCCUGUGGCAACCUGACCGUGUGCCUGCCUCAGCUCCUGCACUGCAACGGCAUCGAUGACUGUGGGAAUCAAGCGGAUGAGGAGAACUGUGGGGAUAAUAAUGGAUGGCCACAUCUUUUCGACAAGUAUUUUGGGAUGCCCAGCUACAACACUGGAACAAAGUCCCAUAUGUGCUUGCUGGGAGUCGUUCCUGAGCUCUGCAAGUGCCGAGACCUGGAGCUGGACUGUGACGGCGCGCAGCUUCGAGACAUCCCAGCGGUGGCGGUCAAUGUCACCAUGAUGUCCCUUCAAAGGAAUCAGCUCCAGAAGCUUAAGGCAAACAUAUUCUUUAAGUACAAAAGCCUACAGAAACUAUAUCUUCAAUACAACAGAAUUCAAGAUGUGAGUCCUGACGCUUUCAGAGGGCUGCAUAAUCUGACAAGACUGUAUCUGAGCUACAACAGCAUCUCCAUCCUGAAGCCGGGGGUUUUCAAGGACCUGCACAAGCUGGAGUGGUUGAUCUUAGAAAAUAAUAAUAUCCAUCAAAUAUCCUCCAUGACCUUCUCAGGACUGAACUCGCUCGUUUUACUAGUUUUGUUGAACAACUCUUUGACAAAGCUGGAUGACAUAUGUCGGGAAAUGCCCAUUUUGAACUGGCUGGAUUUGGAGGGAAAUCUCAUUGAAACCAUUGGAAAUGUGUCUUUCUCCUCAUGCAGUAUGCUGACAGUUCUGGUUUUACAGCAGAACAGGAUCAGCCACAUACACGAGCAAGCUUUCUCAGUCCUCCCAAGGCUUGGAGAAUUGGACCUAUCGAACAACAGACUGGAGGCGAUCCCUCCUAAUCUCUUUGUUUUACUCGGGGAUUUACUCCAACUGAAUAUAUCAUAUAAUCCCAUCAUGGAGCUCCAAGUCGACCACUUUGACAAGUUGCAUAAACUGAAGUCAUUGAGCAUAGAAGGGAUCGAAAUUGGAAACAUACAACGGAGGAUGUUCGAACCUCUCAAAUACUUGACUCAUAUCUACUUCAAGAAGUUCCAGUACUGCGGCUACGCUCCUCACGUGCGCAGCUGCAAACCCAACACAGACGGCAUCUCGUCCUUCGAGGACCUGCUGGCCAACAUCGUGCUGAGGGUCUUCGUUUGGGUCGUCUCCGCCACCACAUGCUUCGGCAAUAUCUUCGUCAUCUGCAUGCGCUCCUACAUCCGAUCAGAGAACAAACUCCAUGCCAUGUGCAUCAUUUCCCUCUGCUGCGCAGACGGGCUGAUGGGCAUCUACCUCUUCAUGAUUGGCGCGUAUGAUCUGAAGUACCGCGGCGAGUACAACCGGCACGCUCAGGCCUGGAUGGACAGCAGUCAGUGUCAGGUCAUCGGAUCUUUGGCCAUGCUGUCCACCGAGGUGUCCGUCCUUCUCCUCACUUACCUCACUCUGGAGAAAUACAUCUGCAUCGUGUACCCUUUCCAGUACCUGACGCCUGGCUGGAGACGAACUGUCACCAUCCUUCUCGGGAUAUGGGUGUUCGGCUUUAUCAUUGCCCUUCUGCCGCUGGUCUGCAAGGGGCUGUUUCGCAACUUCUACGGCACCAAUGGAGUUUGCUUCCCGCUUCACUCUGAGCAGCCAGAGACAGCUUGGGCUCAUGUUUAUUCCAUCGUCAUUUUCCUGGGUCUCAACUUGGUGGCGUUUCUCAUCAUUGUUUUAUCCUAUGCAAGCAUGUUCUAUAACAUCCAGAGAACAGGGACUCAAACCACCAAAUACAGCAACCACAUCAAGAAAGAGGUGACCAUCGCCAAGAGGUUCUUCUCUAUCGUCAUCACUGACUCCCUUUGCUGGAUCCCCAUCUUCAUUCUCAAGAUCCUGUCGCUGCUGCAGGUGGAGAUUCCUGGUACCAUCAGUUCCUGGGUGGUCAUAUUUAUUCUGCCCAUUAACAGCGCCCUAAACCCCAUCCUUUACACGCUGACCACACGGCCUUUCAAAGAGACUAUUCUGCAGGUAUGGGCAAACUACAGGCAGAGGAGGCCUCUGCUCAGCGGCCACCCAGCUCAACAUCCAUCUCUAACAUGGCAGGAAAUGUGGCCCCUGCAGGAAAACAGCAAUGGCCCCACCACGGGUCACCUGCUGGAAACUACCGCCACGAUAGCCAAGCUCACACCUGUGGAAAAUACCAACGAUGGAUACAAUGUCAUCACCACAUGCACACAACAAAUACCGAAGAAGCAUACAGUGCUGUCAGUGUGCUCAAAGGACGAAAAAGUGCCACUCACACACACCCCAACACACACACAAACACAAGCAAACAAUGUGGGUGACGAUUAGCAUGUAUCUGUUUGUGUAUAAUUAUCAAAGAGUCACCUAAACAGAUUAAACGUGAUUCAUGUUCAUUGAUCUCAGUAAUUAUUCAGUCCCAGAUCUGUGAACAGAUGUAUCCCUUGUGAUUAUACAUCAUUAGUAUUCAUUAUUAUCUUUGUAAAUCCCAUUGUAUUGCCCAAGCAGCAGCCAUCACAGAAAUGGAUGAAGACAGAGCAUGUAGCACUACAGCUCCUGUAAUGAAGAAAUCGGCUUCAAAAAGAUAUAUCACUGCUGAAUUUAUAAUGGUGAUAAAUCAUAAAAGUAUUAGUUAGGAUCGACUACAACUCUUAAUAAGCAUUGUAUAGCGCCUCUGUGGGCAAGACUCAUUAGAUGUUGAAUGAUAUAGUAGCGCAGUCUGUUGGUUCAAGUCCCCGAACCAAGUAAAUGCAAAGUCUACAUUUUACUGUGUGUGAUGUGCUGUGCAUGAUGUGACGAUAGAAAAAGGAUUUAAUCCAAAUCAAAAUACUUUGAAUAUGUUGAGUGUUUAAGUUCAUUAUUGAUAUUUCAAAUCUGGAAAGUCAUGUCUUGACAACCCAAGAUUUACUCUCCAGCCCUUCACUCAUCAUGCCAGAUGCGGCCAUCUGUCUGGGGGCUUAAGGCCAGGAAAAUGUGCCCUCUGCUCUGUCUUAAUAUAUUAUAAUACCUCCUUUCCCCCCACUCACUCACACACACACACACACACACACACACACACACACACACACACACACACACACACACACAUACAAUUAAACAUACACAGAAAAGCACUGCUACUGUUUAGCAGAAACGUAUAUGUAUAUGUAUUUACCUGCCCCAUACUGUAUUGUGUGUGUGUUGUUAUUGUCUGUUUUACACUGUGUUGCAAGUAUUGAGAAGAAAAAAUAAAAUGUUAUGUCAUGUAAUGGACAGUAACAUUUUCUAAUAUAGUCAAACUGACCUCAACUGGCAUUUGUUUUUUAAACUUCAGCAAGUUCAUUGUAAUUGUUUAUUGCCUUCCUCCAGACCCUGAGGAAGGAUGGACGCUCUCUGUUGCCUCUGCCACCAAACAUUUUAUGUAUGGAAAUAUUGAAUGUAUUGAAUGACAAAUGUCAAGUAUGUUCAACAAAUAAUGUAAUUAACUUGGGUAAAAGAACAUUUCCCAGCUGGUCUGGGGUUUGAACUUGACUCAACAAACCACCACACAGCACAGUUUCUACACUGAUCUCAAGUGAAGACAUUCAUGAACUCUCCUGUAUAUACCUUGUUCAAUGAAUUACUGUUUCCUGUGGAAAUGUACCUUUUAAUUGAUGUUGUAAAUGACAUUGUAAAUGUAUGAAUGUAUAACAAAAAUACUAUUAGAGAAUAAAUUAGUUGUAAAUGCCACUUGUAUUUACGUUACAAUCCCAUAAUGUACAUGCUGAAUAGACAGAACCAACCGUUGAGAUAUGUUGAUAAUAUCUGCAGACAUGCAUUACAUGUUGACGGGAAGACAUGUUCUUAAAAUGUUGCAAUUUAUUUUUGUUGUUUGGUGUCCUUGUAUGUACUUUUUUGUUUUUCUUGA